AUGAAGACAACCUACGCUACUCUACGGAAGAAACUCGAAGCCGAGAAGGAGAAGAUGAAGGCGGAGGUGGAGACAGCGAGGGAGGGCACGCCAACGACGGACGCGGGGCGAAACUCGGAAGAGAGGACGAAGAGGGAAGGGAAGAGGAGGAUGAAAGCUGUAGUGGAGAUCCCGUUGAAGCCUGCGAAAGUGAGUGGUGAGAUGGCCGUGGGGUCGUGGACGGAGGCGAAGAGAAGGGCGGCGGAUGAGAGCGAACUGGUGAAGUUGAGAGUGCAGGAGAGGAUCGAGUUGGACAAUCAGGUGAAAGAAUUAGAUAAACUGAGUCUGGACGUUAGCAUGGCCGAUGGGAUGGCUCUCCGGCAGAACGACAGGGCUAAGGACGAGCGGCUGCGCGAGUAUGAGGCUCGCUUGGCGUCCGCGUACGAGCAGGGGAAACAUCUCAGCCAGCAGAUAGACCGGUUGGAGGCCGAGAAUGAAGAGCUCGUUGACCGGUACAGUGGAGGUGGGUCAAAGCGACGGCGUUUUUAUACGCCAGAGCACUCGGAAUAUGGUUAUAACAGCUAUAUGCCAGCUCGCGACAACGGUCAAAGCGCCUACAUCAACGACUUGUCCUAUUGGUUCUUCGACGACACCGAACUCACAAACAACUUGUACGCGUUCAUCUUUGAUCGUUAUAGACCUGUCGAAGACGGUAACGGGCGACCUCGGCGCGUCAUAUUCUCCAAAGCACAGAUUGGACGACUACGACCAACACCGGAAGUGUUCCGAGCCUUACCGUCCCUGCGACCAAAGCCGAGACAGCCUUUCAAAACGCUCACUCCUCCUCGAUGGGCCGAUGCACUGGGACAACCGACGCCUUCCGCAACCGAUCCCGAUAGCAAUCGAACCCUCAUCGGCUAUAGCAAAAGCUGUCGCCGACUUGUCGUAUGGGUUUGGACGGAGGGUGAUGCCGAGUACGGGAGAGUCGACGGCGUGGAGGAUCCGAGCUUAUUCGGAGGGGCGGAUGAUGUCAGUUUUACGACGGGCGCAGUGGUUUAUGAUGGAGGGGAUAUUUUGCAUGGUUCUUUCUUGGCGAAGGCUCCAAUCGACGAUUUCAACAAUCUUUCAGCCUGGACAUAUUGGGACGGGAGCUCUUACCAGUCGGAUGUCAGUAACGUGAAGGGGACGAUAACUCCUGGCGCCGCAGGGAACAAUGUCUUCUACAGCUCCGCGCUCGGCGGUUUCUAUAACGUCUUCAUGCCCUACGGGCCCAAUACUGCCUACAUGCAAUCCGCAUCCGCCCAGGAAGGUCCUUGGUCCUCGGACAUCGAGCUCUUCACAUCCGUCACUGCCAACGGUGAUACGAACUAG